AUGCCACGAGAGACGGCGGUGCUCUCCACGCCGCGGUGUCCAGGGACUCAUUGGUACCAGAUCCGGUUCCUUCUGGAGGUUCCUUUGGCGGUGAACGCCGGGCAGCACGUGGAAGGUACUUCGAAGAUGGAGGCUAACAACCUGCAAUCCUACUACAUGCGGAUUGACGCCAGAAUAAAGGGGACGAACAUCUCAGCUUCGGCGCCCUGCAUCGAUCUGAAGGUCUUCACCAUUGACGCCCUGCGGCUGCUGCUGGACCAGCUCCGGGACCUGCUGACCAUUCGGCUGCCCUUCCUCGCCAAGGUCAGCUUCCAGAUCCUGUUGACGCACCCAGCCGCAAACGACGAGGAUGAGGACCCCGAAUACCGAUUCUACACCUCCUCGAACUCCUACUGCCCGCCCGCCGAGCUUGGUGGCCUGCGGUGA